CUUGGGCAAUGGCGAAGGACAUUUUUCCACGUCUAUUCAUUCCUUUCCUGAUUUUUAUAUCUAUAGAUUUGCCACCUUUUAAAUCUUCUUUGCCGACUGGAUCAUGAGUGCGAAUGGAGUGCUUCGAAAAGAUCAACUCGAACGCAGCCUUCACGACGAGAAAAGGCUGAUUGAGGAGGGUAUUCUCAAGGAAGAUAAUCCUCUCGAUUUCAGCGAGAACUUUCAGAAACUAUGUGGCGCUAGUCGCCGCGGCGACCUCAAGGUCUGCCAGGAGAUGAUCCAAGAAGGAACUAACAUCAACGCCAAAGAUCAAUACGAUUAUACCCCUCUUAUUCUGGCAAGUCUAUGCGGCCACUAUGAGGUUGUACAACUGCUAUUAGAGUCCGGUGCUCUAUGCGAACGAGAUACCUUCCAAGGUGAAAGAUGUCUAUACAAUGCUCUGAACGACCGAAUACGGAACUUGCUAUUGUCAUAUGACUACUCGAAAUCUACAGACCCAUUGCAACCUCUGGCUUCACACUUGACGUCACUGUUGACCAGAGAACAUCCCAAGACGUCUGACAUUACUGUGGUCACACCUACGGAGUCGUUUCGUCUACACAAAUUCAUACUCUCAGCACGAUCACCCUAUUUUAAAAGCAAACUGGCAUCAGCACCGGAUACGCCAUCAUGGAAGCUACCGCCAACCAUCCCUCCACAAUCCUUUGGCAUUGCCCUGAAACAUUUGUAUUUGGGAGAACUGCCUAGGGAGGUAGGUGGCGGACCCGGGACCGGUUUUACAGACUCAGAAAUCCUUGCUGGGCUUGAUAGAAUCAGCAAACACCUGGAAAUUCAAAGUCUAUCUCACAUGGUCCUGGACAGCAGCGAUCGCCGUUUGGCCAGGCAACGACGGCAAGAUGAGGUUGAAAAGGGCCGAGAUCAAUUGGAACAAUGGUUCCGCGAAAAUGUGCUGAGGCACUCUAUUGAGAUUGACAUGUCUCGGGCAGAAGAUGUAAAGUGGGACCGAGACAACGGUAUCUUUGCUGACAUCCUCCUACGCGCUGACGAGGACGAGCAAGAUGCAACCGAACAUAUUCAAGACGACUCGUCUCUUCAAAGGAUACGAUCAUCGACCAAUGCACUGGGCAUUCCUCUUGACCCGUCCUCCAAAAUAUCUCGCUCACCAUCUCGGUCCCGGCGGCCUCGCAGGUCCAAGAUCUACCCGUGCCACAAAGCCAUGCUUAUACGUUCCGAAUUCUUUAUGACCAUGUUCGACUCGUCCUUUCGCGAGGCCCAGGACACCCCCCACCUUCAGAUCGUGCCGAUCGACUGUUCGCCAGAAGUCCUCGAGAUUAUCCUAACCUUCUUGUACACGGAAAAAGCCGAUUUUGGCCUCGACAUCGCCGUCGACGUCCUCUUCUCCGCGGAUAUGCUGUUCCUCGAGAAAGUCAAGGCCAAAGCCGCCCUUGUAAUAUCCACACUAGGUAACGGCACCGCGACCGCGAUGGCGCCUGAGGCCGACCAGGCUCGGCAAGAUGAGGAGAUGGACAUCUACGAAAUUCUCCGCGCCGCAUGGCUCACCCGUGUCCAGCGCCUCGAAGAGUUUGCGGCCCGCUACAUUGCUUACCGGCUGGAGGCAUAUAUCGACGAUCCGGAGUUUGCUGAACUGGUCAAAGAAUCUGCAGGGCGUAUCAGUGCGCGUCAAGAGACCGACUCGAUUGAACUGCUCGAUGAUAUUAGGUACUACCUGUCUGAGCGAUUCCGGCUGCGCUUCGAAGAUACUCAGCUUGAGGAAGUCAUGGAUGAGGAGCAGGCUCUGGCGGAAGCACUUAGCCAGACGCACGUCGUGGCCGAGACCGACGCAGGCAAGAUGUCCGUGCCAUUGACAAACGGGCAAUCUGAAGUGCCAGAACAUGAUCAUGAACAGAAGAAGCAAUCCGCUGACGAUGAGGGCGUGGACAUGACCUCGCCUGCAAAUGCACAAGUCGCCGCCGAGGCACUGCUCCAGUCUGGUGCGGUGCGGACUUUGGACGGAGAACUAGCCGGUGAUGAGUUCGCUGCUGAUGCUGUCAAUUACCAGAUUCUUUUGGGCAAGAUUGACUCGCUUCUGGAAAAGCUGAAACUCGAUGCUUGAUCGUUCUGGCCAUUAUUCUGGCUACUUAUACUUUGGACAACGUGGAUAGCACGAGGAGAUUCUUCGAUCCGAGAGCACUUAGUUAGACAUGAAUCACGACUAGAUCAAUGACACUUUUCACGAAUUUGCUACUGAGGCUAGAGCACGUAGGGCAUAAGCAUUCCCAGCCACAGAUAUUUGGGAAACGUGUUGACAGUAUCAAGAUUUGUCAUUC